AAGUAAUAGAGCAAGCUGUGGUUCAACUCAAUCCUCGCCUUGGUAUCUGUCUGUCAGAACUCAAAACAUAAUAGAAUAGUUUGCCUGUCAAACCUCAAAAGUCGAAAACUCAGGGUGGGCUGAGGCUGAUGCUGCUCUGCUGCGUUUAAUUUAUCAAAAUGAUGGAAGCACAGGAGGUGGAGGUGGAGGCGCAGGCGGCGACUGAAAGUGGCGAUCAACAACUCAAGCUUUAUUCCUACUGGAGGAGCUCUUGCGCCUACCGUGUUCGAAUUGCUCUCAACUUGAAAGGGUUGAAAUACGAGUACAAAGCUGUAAACCUACUGAAGGGAGAGCAAUUCAGUCCGGAGUUCAGAAAGCUGAAUCCGCUCGGGUAUGUGCCUGUGCUUGUGGAUGGGGACACCCUUGUUGCUGACUCAUUUGCCAUCCUAAUGUAUUUAGAAGAAAAGUACCCGCAACAUCCAUUGUUACCGCUCGAUCUUCAGAAAAAAGCUAUCAAUUACCAGGCUGCAAAUAUUGUUUCCUCAAGCAUACAACCUCUACAAAAUCUGGCUGUACUGAAGUACAUUGAAGAAAAAGUUAGUCCCGAUGAGAAACUUGAAUGGGUUAAAGUUCAUAUUGGAAAAGGCUUUUCAGCACUUGAAGAACUGCUGAACAACCAUGCAGGAAAAUAUGCAACUGGAGAUGAAGUUUACAUGGCAGAUUUGUUUCUGGCACCCCAGGUUUAUGCAGCCAUUAGGUUCCAGCUAGACAUGACUCAGUUCCCCCUUUUGGCCAGGUUGCAUGAGGCAUACAAAAAGAUACCGGCAUUCCUAGAUGCUAUACCAGAAAAGCAGCCGGAUGCUCCUUCUCCAUAGUUAAAAAAUUGUGUUGAAGAGGGACCCUGUUUGAAAUCGUCGGUUCCAUUCUUCUUAAACUUCCUUUUAAAAAUCAGAUGAAGCUUGUCCAUCCCAAAGUCCAGCAUAAAGGGUCGACAAUUAAGGUCUGAGUUGAGGCAUUUGAAAUGUUGUAUAUCACUCAGGUGUUGGUCCUGUCCAAAUAAGGAUUAUCCCAUGAUGGAACAAUGAUGAAACUGUAGAAUGUUGUGUUUGAAACGUUGAGUGAUGUAAUGGUUUGGAAUGUCUGUCAAACUAGUCUUUUGAAGUACACAUCAAAUGUACUUGGACGAUACAGCUUCCUGUAUUCUCGAUACAAUGACUUGUCAGUUGUUUAGCAA